CGCCGCCGCGAUCGAGUGUAACGAAACGUUCUAUACCACAGUUCGCCGUGCGGAAUUGGACGCCCAUUGCACGGCGUUGUUAUCGAAUACGGCAAUGUUUCUUUUUCCAUUAAAACCAUUAUUAUAUUAUAUUCUUCGAUAAUAUUAUUAUGUACGGCACACGACGACGGCGACGACGUGGACGUUCAACAUAAUAAUAUUAUAUUUUUUUUUAUUUCGUCGUCCGCACUUCCACAGCGCUACUAUACGGCUACCGUCAAGGCUGUCCCUUUCUCCCGCUCGUCAUCAGUCACCACUGCGCGUCGAUCGACGUAUAGUAUCACAGUAAUACGUGACGCUGCGCCGUAUCAUCGACAUCGAUGACACGCGACUUUUAAAAGUUUUAUUCUUCUUUAUCAUUACCGACGGGCGACAAAAAAAAAAAAAAAUAAUAAUAAUAAUAAUAAUAAUAAUAAUAAUAAUAAUAAUACGCUACUCCGCGGUUAGUAGGAACGAAACUACGGAACCGUCCGGUGGGGAGACAACUACAGUCGGCUCAAAACUACCAACUAAUCAGUGAUAUUAUUAUAUAUUAUAUUAUUGUUGUUACGAUUUACCGUUUAGGCGUUUACGACAUUCACUCCGUCUCCCGUCCGAAUCAGUUGUGGUGCGUCACCGCUGCCGCCGCCGCCGCCGCCGUUAAUUAUGUGAUAAUCAAUCGACGACGUGAAACAUUCGAAGAAUUUCCCAAAGUUAAACACUGUAUACCAGUGUUCCGCUUUUUGCGUAUCACAUACACACACACACACACACUCGCGAUAAAUAUAAUAAUAUAAUAUAAUAUUCGGACUGUGAUUAGAAAGGAAGUAGUCAGUGAGAGUUUAAUUAAACGACAUAUAUAUAUAUAUAUAUAUAUUCAUAAAUAUAAUUUAUUCAAUUUUUUUUUUUAGCAAUUAUUUUAUUACGAUUUUCGUUUAUUUAAAUAAUAUAUAUAUUUUUUAGUUUAUUUUUUUUAACAACUUAAUCGUUCCUACAUUAAUUCCGUAACAUAUAAUAAUUAUUAUAUAAUAUUAAUACAGUAUUACGUUUUCAACGAACCCCGGCGGAGAAACAGUCAACAGAUUGUAGAAAACUCGAAAAUCAUUUAUAAAUAUAUAAUGGCCAACAGAGCUGUACCACAGAGGCCUAACGGCCAAACACCAGGCAAAAUUUGUCAGUUUAAGUUGGUUCUUUUAGGUGAAUCAUCAGUUGGAAAAUCUAGUUUAGUGCUUAGAUUUGUAAAAGGCCAGUUUCAUGAAUAUCAAGAGAGUACCAUUGGUGCUGCUUUUCUUACCCAAACAAUUCAUUUAAACGAUGUCGCUGUUAAAUUUGAAAUUUGGGAUACAGCUGGUCAAGAGCGUUACCAUAGUUUAGCACCAAUGUAUUAUAGAGGUGCUCAAGCAGCAAUUGUAGUCUAUGAUAUUACUAAUCAAGAUACCUUUGAAAGAGCUAAAAAUUGGGUAAAGGAACUCCAAAGACAAGCAACACCUGGCAUUGUAAUAGCCUUAGCUGGAAACAAGUUAGAUUUAAAUACUAUGAGAAGUGUUCAGACUGAUGAAUCACAAACGUAUGCCUAUGAAAAUGGACUGCUGUUUAUGGAAACAUCAGCAAAAACAAGUGCUAAUGUGACAGAAAUUUUUAAAGCAAUUGCUGAAAAACUUCCUAAGAACGAAACAACUAGUACUGCAGGACAAGGCCGACGUCUAGUUGAAUCUGAAGGAGCUAAUAAGAGCCUUAGCAGCUGUUGUAAGUGAUACAGUAAAUCAAGUCAGUUUUCAUAUGGAUUAUUGACAUUUAAUCAUCUAAUAAAUUAUAUAGCUUUGUAAAAUUAUUAAGCCUCAGAAUUAUAUUUAUCAAUUUGCAUUUAAUAUAUGUAUCAAUAUAUUAUCUAAUAAUAUA